UGCCUCUGGAUACUGAGAACCUAAACCAGAGUCCAGGAGCCCCCAGUAUAGGAGCCAAGAGAGACCCUCUUCUGCUGACCUGAGAAUCCACACCUCCAUUCUUGUUUAACCCUCUGCUCCUCGGUUCACACGACAAUGAACCAGAAGACAACCCUGGUGCUCCUCACUCUGGCGGUCAUCACCAUCUUCGCCUUGGUGUGUGUCUUGCUGGCUGGCAGGGGAGGAGGUGGGGGUGAACCCAGCAGGCCUCCCCACUGCCCCUCCAUAUCUCCCAGUGCCCAGCACUGGACACACCCUGGCCAGAGCCAGCUGUUUGCAGACCUGAGCCAGGAGGAGCUGACGGCUGUGAUGAGCUUUCUGACCCAGCAGCUGGGGCCAGGCCUGGUGGAUGCAGCCCAGGCCCGCCCAUCAGACAACUGCAUCUUCUCCGUGGAGCUGCAGCUGCCCCCCAAGGCUGCAGCCCUGGCACACCUGGACAGGGGGAGCCCCCCGCCCGCCCGGGAGGCACUGGCCAUCGUCUUCUUUGGCGGACAACCUCAGCCCAACGUGAGUGAGCUGGUGGUGGGACCACUGCCACACCCCUCCUACAUGCGGGAUGUGACUGUGGAGCGUCACGGGGGUCCCCUGCCCUAUCACCGACGCCCCGUGCUCAUCCGAGAGUACCUGGACAUAGACCAGAUGAUCUUUGACAGAGAGCUGCACCAGGCUGCUGGUCUCCUCCACCACUGCUGCUUCUACAAGCGCCAAGGGAGGAACCUAAUCACGAUGACCUCAGCCCCCCGGGGUUUGCAAUCAGGAGACCGGGCCACCUGGUUUGGCCUCUACUACAACAUCUCAGGGGCUGGGGUUUAUCUGCACCCCGUGGGGUUGGAGCUGCUGGUAGACCACAAGGCUCUGGACCCUGCCCGCUGGACCAUCCAGAAGGUGUUCUUUCAAGGCCGCUACUAUCAGAGUCUGGCUCAGCUGGAGGACCAGUUUGAGGCCGGCCUGGUGAAUGUGGUGCUGAUCCCAGACAAUGGCACAGGUGGGUCCUGGUCCCUGAAGUCCCAGGUGCCCCCGGGUCCGGCUCCCCCUCUGCAGUUCCAUCCCGAGGGCCCCCGCUUCAGUGUGCAGGGGAGUCGAGUGGCCUCCUCACUGUGGACUUUCUCUUUUGGGCUUGGAGCAUUCAGUGGCCCGAGGAUCUUUGACAUCCGCUUCCAGGGAGAACGGCUAGCUUAUGAGAUCAGCCUCCAAGAGGCCUUGGCCAUCUAUGGUGGAAACUCCCCCUUAGCAAUGGUGACCCGCUACAUUGAUGGCAGCUUUGGCAUGGGCAAGUACACCACGCCCCUGACCCGUGGGGUCGACUGUCCCUACCUGGCCACUUACAUGGACUGGCACUUCCUUUUGGAGUCCCAAACCCCCGAGACGAUACGAGAUGCCUUUUGUGUGUUUGAACAGAAUCAGGGUCUCCCCCUGAGGCGACACCACUCAGAUUUCUACUCCCAUUAUUUUGGGGGCCUUGCAGAGACAGUGCUGGUCUUCAGAUCUGUGUCUACCUUGCUCAAUUAUGACUAUGUGUGGGAUAUGGUCUUCUACUCCAAUGGAGCCAUAGAAGUCAAAUUGCAUGCCACGGGCUAUAUCACCUCAGCAUUCUUCUUUGGUGCUGCUCGAAAUUACGGGAACCAGGUUGGGGAGCACACACUGGGCACCGUCCACACCCACAGUGCCCACUACAAGGUGGAUCUGGAUGUAGGAGGACAGAAGAAUUGGGUCUGGGCUGAGGACAUGGUCUUUGUCCCCAUGGCUGUACCCUGGAGUCCUGAGCACCAGAUACAGAGGGCUCAGGUGACCCGGAAGCUGCUAGAGACAGAGGAGCAGGCCACCUUCCCCCUGGGAAGUGCCACCCCUCGCUACCUGUACCUGGCCAGCAACCACAGCAACAAGUGGGGUCACCCUCGGGGCUACCGCAUCCAGGUGCGCAGUUUUGCUGGAGAGCCACUGCCCCAGAACAGCUCCAUGGAGAGAGCCGUCAGCUGGGGGAGGUACCAGGUGGCUGUGACCCAGCGGAAGGAGGAAGAGCCCAGCAGCACCAGCAUCUACAAUCAGAAUGAUCCUUGGACCCCCACUGUGGACUUCUCUGACUUCAUCAAUAACGAGACCAUUGUUGGAGAGGACUUGGUGGCCUGGGUGACAGUUGGUUUCCUGCACAUCCCACAUGCAGAGGACAUUCCCAACACGGUGACUGUGGGGAAUGGUGUGGGCUUCUUCCUCCGACCCUACAACUUCUUUGACCAGGACCCGUCCUUGGAUUCUGCGGACUCCAUCUAUUUCCGGGAGGACCAGGAUGCUGGGUCCUGUGAGGUCAACCCCCUGGCUUGCCUCUCCAAGGCUGCUGACUGUACCCCCGACCUCCCUGCCUUCUCUCAUGGGGGCUUCUCUCAUAUCUAGGUGAUCCCUGAGAUGGGGAAUGUGUCCAGGACCCCAGGGCCAGCGUGUGUGGAGAGGGGGAGCAAUGGGCACUGGGUUGGGCAGACUGAUGCCCUCUUCUCCUUCCUCACAUCCCUGAGGUUCCUUCCUCUUCUUCCCCAAGGUCACCUCCUGCCACCAUCCUCCCUUGCUUCCCCUCUCUACUGGGAGCAUCCUGAGCCUGUGAUGCUGGUGAUGGGGGGACACAGGAGAGACCCAGCUUUGUUGCCACCAGAUAGGCCUGGUUUCUGUCCCAGAGAGGAGAGGAAUGGCAGCCAGGAGCUUGAAGUGAUAGUCAAGCUUUUCACCAGAAGACUCCCUUUUUUCUUUCUGGCUUUUCCAAAUAUUUUAGGGCUGCCUCCAGGUCCCUCCUCACAUCCCCGGUGCCUGCCUUGGGAGAUGAAGAUAGGUCUCUGCAAGGAGAUAGUCCCCUAGAGGCCCAGCUCAGGGUUCUUGCCAGGCCUGUGCAUACAUGGAUGAGCUGGAAGGGGCUUCUGGGCCCAUAUUUUCUCUUAUCCAAGUCUUCCUCCUUCUUUCCCUCUUCCUCUUGCCUGCCACCUCUUCCUCCUGUUUCUACUCUUUCUUAUAUUCUGGGAUUUCCCUCCCAGCCCUCAUUUCUCAACUUCAGUCUCCUCUCCUGGCCCUAGGCCUUUGGAAGUCUAAAAGUACAAAGGACAUUUGGGAUGACAAUCCCUGUCUGUCCCCCCAUGGAAGUAGGAGUUGCCCCCACCCCAGUCCUGGGCAGAGUGUGUUCUCUUUGCCCAUUUGUAUACCCACUGCCUUGCAUUCUCAGCAGAGGAUGGUCAUAGAGACAGUAGCUGCUCAAGUUAGCAUUUGAGGUGCUUUUGUGGGUACAGUGGUAAUAAGGAGUGGUCAUUUUGUGCCAAGGUUGUGUGUAACCAGUGACCUCUGUCUUCUGUAGCAGCCAACAAGGGAGGCACCAAGGAUGAGAAGCACAAAUACCCAGGAACUCUAGCGGUUAACUGGCCAGGGCCAUUCAAUCACAUACGGACAUGCAAAGGAGCGGGGGCUUGGUCCCUUAGGAGCCUGGAUUAGGGUGGAUAUACAAACAGCAAGCGUUUGGAAAGGACAGAAACAUCCUUCCCCAGAGGAUUGGUUAAAUAAAUUCUGUGGACUCCAUCUAUCUCCGAGCUAUAAAUAUAACUAUAUUUCUUUAUAUACUAAUAGGGAAUGAUCUCCCAAUGAAAAGGCAAGGUGCAGAAGUGUGUAUGGUGCACUUCCCAUUUGUGGCUUAUAGAAGAGAGGAAAAUAUACGUGUAGAUUUGCUUAUAAAUGCGGAUCCAGAAGAAAUGGGUAGCACUGGUUGCCUCUGGAAAGGGAACCAGGAGGUUGGGAACAGGGGGAGGGAGGGGACUUAGCACUGUAUACCCUUUUGUACAUUUUGAAGUUUGAACCAUGUGACUAUAUUACCUAUUAAAAUUAAAUAAUAAAUGGACCUA